CAGUCGGUAGGCGCAGGACAGAGAUACCUGAUUCCACCACUCCUGGUGAGCCCUACAGAGUCCUGUCCUAACGAUCCGCUUCCACGAGAGCCCCGGCGCGCUGCGGACAGCACCAGCAUGUCGAACGAGCCCAGCGCGCCCGGAGCCUCGCCCAGGGUCCCGCGUCCAGGGACGCAGAAGUCGUCCGGCUCGGUGACUAAAAAGGGAGAGCGCGCGGCCAAGGAGAAGCCGGUGUCUGCGCUGCCGCCUGUAGGCGAGGAGGAGCCCAAAAACCCCGAGGAGUACCAGUGCGUCGGGGUCCUGGAGACCGACUUCGCCGAGCUCUGCACGCGCUCGGGCUACACAGACUUCCCCAAGGUUGUCACCAGACCCCGCCCCCACCCGACCUUCGUACCAUCCGCCUCCAUGUCCGAAAAACCCGCCAUAGACGACCAGCGGCUGUCGGGGUCCUGCAGCCUCAACAGCCUGGAGAGCAAAUACGUGUUCUUCCGGCCCACCAUCCAGGUGGAGCUGGAGCCGGAGGACAACAAGUCGGUGAAAGAAAUCUACAUCCGUGGUUGGAAGGUCGAGGAUCGGAUCCUGGGCAUCUUCUCUAAAUGUCUGCCCUCCCUUAGCCAGCUACAGGCUAUCAACUUGUGGAAAGUGGGGCUGACUGAUAGCACCCUGACCACCUUCAUCGCCCUCCUGCCUCUCUGCUCACCCACACUCAGGAAGGUGUCUCUGGAGGGGAACCCACUGACUGAGCAAUCCUACCACAAGCUCAUGGCGUUGGACAGCACGAUAGCGCACUUGUCUCUGCGGAACAACAACAUCGACGACUACGGGGCACAGCUCCUGGGCCAGGCGCUGUCUACACUGCACAGCUGCAACCGGACCCUCGUCUCCCUCAAUCUGGGCUUCAACCACAUCGGGGACCAGGGCGCGGGCUACAUCGCGGAUGGCCUCCGGCUGAACCGCUCCCUGCUCUGGCUGUCCCUGGCCCACAACCGCAUCCAGGACAAGGGCGCCCUGAAGCUGGCCGAGGUCCUGGGCCCCUUCGAGCUGACACACACUGAGGUGGUGGAGCGCCGGCGGCUCCUGCUGGAGAAGGGGACACAGGGUCGACUGCGGUCGCCAUCCACCUCUCGGCAUGGGGACUCGAAAAUUGACCGUGAAAGGAGCCAGAUGAUGGGGUUCAGCAGUAUCACACUUGACAAGGUGGACAAGUUGCAGGCAAUGAAAGCUCCUAAGGGCCUGGCCAAGAAAAAGGACAAACCAGGGGAAGUGGUCAAGAAAGAGGAGAAGUCAGGGUCUGGGCAGUCUCCCACACAGGCAACCCCUAAGAAAGAAGAUGCCGCAAAGGCAAGCAAAGGGAAGGUGACCAUCACUGAGCAGAAGCCAACCAAGGGAAAAGGGACCAAAAGCGGGAGCAAAGAGAAGCGCAGCAUUCUCCUGGAGUCUGAGCUGGUUGCUGAGGCCACCGAGGUGGUCAACCCUCUCCUGGAGCCUGUGGAGCACCGAGAUGGGAAGGUUUUCAUGCCAGGAAACAAGGUCCUUUUGCACCUCAACCUCAUCAGGAACCGCAUCACCGAGGUGGGGCUGGAGGGCUUCCUGGCCGCAGUACAGUAUCAGGUGCAGUUCUCCAAGGCCAAGAGCGUGUCCAAGGGCCCUGUGGGGCUGUUGUGGCUGUCUCUGGCGAAAAACUGCUUCUCCCCACAAUGUCCCAUGUACGCCACCAUCCAGGAGCUGAUGCUGCCAAGGGACCCCAUCAAGGCCAAGCUGAGGGAGGAAGAGGCCAUACCUUUCCCCACAUAGACCCCUCCCACCUACUUCCCUGAGACUUUGGGCCAUGGAAGAACCUCCUGUCCCUGUGGGAGGUCAGCCCAGUAGUGUAUUGGUAUACUCUUCCUUGAGAUUGUCUGAAAACUCUUUGGAACUACUUGGAAUAUUAGGAUUCUGAGUCUUUUCAUGUAGUUUGGCCAGAAACGGCAGAGAAGUGAUGGUCUGAAUCUUUCGGUCCUGCUGGGGAUGAUCUCAGCCCUGUGCCAUCAGCUAGCCGGGGUGUUGCUCCUUUGCUUCCUGAGGGGUAGCUUUUGCUCAGGCAGGAGUCUGAGCUCCUUUGGGAACAUGUGCCAUGCCAAGGUUUGCAUUCAGGACUUGGAAGUGGGAUUGUGAGUGAUACACAUAGACUAUGGAGAGGAGGUGGGAGGACUAGGGAGGAUGGGGCAGAGGACUCAGCACACCUGCCCUCAGAUUCUGCUUCUCCCUAUCUGGCUGCUCCAGGUGUCUGGUGUAGAGAGGUGAGGCCCCAACUUAAGAAAAAGCACAAAGGCUUGGCAGGCCACUUUGGAGAGUGUGCUAAGCCUCUCAACAUCCACAUAG